AGACGACUGAAUCCAGCAACGGAAUUCUAUCCACUGAAUAACAACCCAGGCACCUGAGAGGAUCCUGUUACCGGAAGUCACCCAGCUUGUUGUCACCUGGGCGGACUCCUCAGGAGUAAAGUUAAGAAGGGACGUCGUCGUGUAGCAGAAAAAAAAAGGAUCAAACUGGUCAACAUGUUUGUCAGCUGGCUGGUUUCGGUGGCUUUGUUCUUUUUCGGAGCGACAGGUGUAAGAGGCUUUUCAGUCUCCACCAGCGACCCAGAUGUGCGGGUGAAAGAGAAUGAAGGGACUGACCUUACAUGCACGUAUUCAGCCGACUUUGGUGCAAACGCCAGAGUUGAGUGGAAAUUUAAGGACUUGAAAGGCUCACAGACGUAUGUCAUUUUUGAUGGGAAACCAACAACGCCAUAUUCCAACCGGGCGACGAUGUACGGUAGUACUCUGAGAUUCUCCAAAGUGACCCGUUUGGAUAACGGCAUGUACGACUGUGAGGUGUCCGGCAGCAACAGCCAGUUUGGGGAAGUCAGAGUGAAGAUGACUGUUCUGGUGCCUCCGUCUGCGCCCUUGUGUCGGGUCCCCAGCUCGGUGACGACGGGCAGGACGGCCAUGCUUUCCUGCCACGACAGCGUUGGCUCACCUCCGUCCAAAUACAAGUGGUACAAAGACGGCAUCCUUCUGCCCACUGAACCCAGCAAGAACGCUGGCUUCAAAAAUGCAACCUACAAGCUAAACACAGAAAACGGCAACCUGGAGUUUCCCACUACAUCAAAGAAGGACUCGGGUCAGUACCUCUGUGAGGCUUUCAACGAUGCUGGACCUCCUCAGCGUUCUAAACCCAUUACAAUGGAAGUCCGUGACCUGAACACUGGAGGAAUCGUUGCUGGAGUAAUAGUGGCUCUGCUGCUAGUGGUCCUGCUGGCAUUUGGCAUUUGGUAUGCCCACAAGAAAGGAUAUCUGCCCAAGAAGACUGAAAGCAAACCAAAGCCCAGCGUGGUCUACCAGCCCGCAUCAUCAUUGUAUGGUGGUGGUGAUGAUGAAGAUGGGGAAUUCAAACAGAAGUCUUCAUUCGUGGUAUAGUCUUCAUAAACGACAGGGGAUCACAGUUUUUAUUGACAUCUUUCUUUUUAUUUGCUCCUUAGCUUAGUGUGCUUGUUGAGCUGAACUGUCGACUUAAGUGUCUCAGAUGCAUCAGGCAGGAUAUGAGACCUCUUUUAUAUGUUGAUAUUUUAAUAGAAUGAGAUGUAGCUAUCAGAGGCCCCCUUUAGCCUCAGACAUGUUUCCAUCUUUAUGUUUGUAGUGUGUGUUUCUGUGUGCUCCUGAUUUUCUGUGCUUCCUAAUGCUAUAGAACUUUAUUUUAUUUUAUUUUUUUUGCCAAAUGAUGCAUCUGCAUGUACAUCAAAUCAAAUGGAGUCAAAGAGGAAAUCCAGGUAAAUUAACUUAUUUUCGAAGGAAAAUGGACUCAAGAGUAUAAUAAAGCUUGAUAAAAAGCUUUUUACAGACACAUUUUUAUUACAUUUACUGACCCAUCGCCUUAAAUUUCUCCUGGACUACUCUCUUAUUGGUCGGUGUGUGUAUGUAAGCUGAAACAUUGAAGGAGCUAAUAUUUUUUUAUUUCUAUUAAAACGCUUUUUGUAAAUACAAAACUGUUUUCACUUUUUUUUUUUUUUUUUUAACAAUGUAAAGGGUUAUCUCUGAGCAUCUUUACAUUAACCGGAAAAUCGACUACUGCUCGUAUGAAAUAGAGCUGAUGAAUCAGCUCAUGAUUGUAACGUUGCCUUAUGUAUUGGUUAAUAAAAAGUUAAACUGA